AUGAACCGUGAACAAUACCAAGGUCCUAGUGCACCACAACAAAAAUCAACUCAACAAAUGCAUUAUUUAUGUGCUGAUUGUGGGGUUGAAAAUGAGAUUAAACCAAAGGAACCGCUCCGAUGCAAGGAAUGCGGGCACC